AUGGCGGGGUCUUCAUUCCAGGCCGAGAGGCCCAUGAGCAUCAGAGAGAUUACGGCGAAGGCCCAGGAUUUCGAGUUCAGCGAAUCUAUCCCGCCCAAAUACUGGCUGCGAACUGGAGAGACUCUCCUGCGAGAGGCGCAAAUCUACGAGCGGGAACAGAAUGACCAACAAGCCUACAUGCUUCUCAUGCGAUAUACAAAUCUGAUAGCUGAAAAGCUUCCCACCCACUCGACCUAUAAGCAGCCUGAGAACCGGGCAGGGGUGAAGGCUGCUGUCAAGACGCUCCGAGAGGUCAUGACUACCAUGGAAGUCCUGAAGCCACAAAUCGAUGCUAGAUACAACGCAUAUAUGGAGAAGAAUCAACACAGCAGUAUAGCCGUGGACAAUGAUGGUUCUCGGGCGUCAACUUGGGCGAACUUUGCGGCUUCCGACCCCGCCGUAGCAGGGAAUACCACAACCUUGGAUGCGGAGGAAAACAGCCAGCUAGCAGUUAAGAUUGCCCACAAAGAGAUCAGGAGGCGUGACGCUGCCCGAAGAGCUGUACGCCAAGCAGGAGUAUCCGAGAGAGAGGAGCGGCAGAGGCGGACUGCUGGUCUAUGGGACCACUGGGACUCUGGUCUUUCAAGGGAUGGGGCUUCCGCAUCGCGAGACGACGAUGAGAUGCGGCGGAAUAUGGAAGCAUCGAGGAGGAGAAUGGAUGGGUCACAUGAUAUUGUACCGGAUGCAGUGAGGAGGACACAAGUGAAUCCACGACCGGCGCCUGAAAGAAACGGAACAAGUGACUAUCGGUAUCCGUCAAUCACCAGAUCACAGCCUGUGCGAUACGAGGAUGAUUUUGAAUCACGGUCAAGAUCAAUAUCCCCUCCCAGACCACUUCCACCCAAACCUCCAAAGGAACGGUUUGGCGAGGUAUACCAGCCAGAACCACCACCACGACCGCACCCGAAUGAAAGAUUUGGAGAAGUGUACGAACCGGAGCCACCGCCACUGCCGGGAAAAGACAGCCUUCAUCCUAUAGAACAUCCUAUAGAAGCUAGCAUGUCGGACCCCAAAGCCACUUUCACCUUCCGUCCCUCUGCCUAUCUCGAGAACGGCAAUCCGCUCCGAACCAUCUUCCUCCCGCCGACCCUACGAACAGAAUUCCUGAGGUACGCCGAGUCAAACACGCGACGAAACCUCGAAACAUGCGGCAUGCUGUGCGGGACUGUGAUCUCCAACGCAAUCUUCAUUCAGCAAGUCGUCAUCCCGGAGCAGGAGAACACAAGCGAUACGUGCGAGAUGAUCAACGAAUCCGCGUUCUUCGAUUAUGUUGAUUCCCAAGAAAAUGCGAUGGUCCUUGGAUGGAUCCACACGCAUCCAACGCAGACGUGCUUCAUGAGCAGCAGGGAUUUGCACACACAUUGCGCCUAUCAGAUCAUGAUCCCCGAGAGUAUAGCCAUCGUUUGCGCUCCGAGCAAGAAUCCUUCAUGGGGUGUCUUUCGACUCACCGAUCCACCCGGGAUGCAAUGUGUUCGCGCCUGCACCAAACCGGGGAUAUUCCACCCACACGAAGAGUCAAACAUCUACACCGAUGCGUUGCGGCCGGGCCAUGUCUUCGAAGCCGAGGGGCUGGAGUUUACGAUUGUGGAUCUGAGGCCAGAUAGCUAG